UGCUUGCGAAAAAUUACAUAUCCAGAGCUGGAGUCAGUCAAUGUCCUCUGGGAUGGUCGUGGGUGUGUGUGCCUUUUGUUACCUCUUUCCUCCCUGCUGGUUGAAAAAGUUGCAGGAGCAGCCAAUCAGGAACAAGGUGCCUGCAUUUUGGGAGGCUGUGGGUCUGCUGAUGUUUUUCCGGGUUAGAGUGGGAAAAGAGGUGAUGCUCGAAGGGACUGCCGGAAGUUUAUUCCUUCGCCUGAGCCAUCUGCACCCUUGCCUGGGAAGCGUUCAGUCUGGGCCUCCUCCACACUCCUGACUACAGCAACCGAAUCACCACCAUGGCUGCUGACUCGGAUGUGCUGCACUUCCAAUUUGAGCAGCAAGGUGAAGCCAUGCUGCAGAAGAUGAACCUCCUGAGACAGCAGAACCUAUUUUGCGAUGUCUCCAUAUACAUAAACGACACUGAGUUCCAAGGGCACAAAGUGAUCUUCGCCGCUUGCUCCACGUUCAUGCGGGACCAGUUCCUGCUCACCCAGUCCAAGCAGGUGCGAAUCACCAUCUUGCAGAGUGCCGAGGUAGGCCAGAAGCUGCUCCUCUCCUGCUACACAGGGGCUCUGGAGGUGAAGAAGAAGGAGCUUCUCAAGUACCUAACAGCAGCAAGUUACCUGCAGAUGGUGCACAUUGUGGAAAAGUGCACAGAGGCACUGUCCAGGUACCUGGAGAUUGACGCUGCCGUGGAGGGCAGCAGGGCGAGCUCUGAGAAGUGUCACUCCUCCGAGACAGAGCUGGUAUGCAAUGGUGGCUGCCCUGAUAAAGACUGUGAAAUCAUUGAGAUUUCUGAAGACAGCCCUGUUAAUUUAGAGGGUCAUAUAAAACGGGAAAAGGGGGACCUUCAACAGCUGCCCGUGCAGAGCUUGAUGUCAGAAACAAAGAACGUCAAAAGCCCUGAGAUCUCAGCUGUCAAGAUAGGGUACAAGGACAACAAAAUCUGCCUUAUCCGAAUGGAUUCCAUCAGCGAUCCUAAUGUGGAAGAGGACCAGUUUCCACAGCCGUGCACCUCCUCCGAAUCAAGCUUGUACUUCCCCGAGACUCAGCACUCUUUGAUCAAUUCGACUGUGGAGAGCAGGGUCACAGAAGUGCCCAGGGAGCAGUUCCAAGACUUUGGCAGGGAGGAUCCAGAAGGAGCUAAUAGAACGGCCACAGGUGGGUUCCAGAGCCCAGGGGACUCUGCCUACUCGUGGCGGCACCAAUGCCCCAAGUGCCCCAGGGGAUUUCUCCACCUGGAGAACUACCUCCGCCACCUGAAGAUGCACAAGCUGUUCCUGUGCCUGCAGUGCGGGAAGACGUUCACGCAGAAGAAGAACCUGAACCGGCACAUUCGUGGGCACAUGGGCAUCCGUCCCUUCCAGUGCAUGGUCUGCCUGAAGACGUUUACAGCCAAAAGCACUCUCCAGGACCACCUGAACAUCCACAGUGGGGACCGGCCCUACAAGUGCCACUGCUGUGACAUGGACUUCAAGCACAAGUCUGCCCUCAAGAAGCACCUGACGUCUGUACACGGGAGGAGCAGCAUGGACAAAGCCACCUUUGACUCCAUUACGGAAGUCAGAAUAGACUACGACUAG